AUGGUCGCGUUGCUCGCUCGGGCAGAGCGGGGGAGAGGGUGGAGCGCGGCGGCCGGACACCCGGGAUGCGCGCGGCGGGGCCGGGCCGCUCAGCACAUUGUGAGCGGGCGAGGGGACGCGGCGCGGAGGGGCCGGGGAGCGAGGGCGGCGCUCGGCUGCCUGACUGGAAUCCGCUGUCGCCGCCGCUCGGCCGCCACAGCCCGGCGGGGAGGAGGGGGCCGGGCCGGGGUGGGGGGACCGCGGGGCGCGGCGGCGGCGGCGACACCAGACUGCUCGACUGGAGCCCUGCGUCAGGCGGCGGCACGCGCACACCUGCCCGCCGCCGCUCCGGGCCGCACUAUUGGCUGUCCGCGCGGAGCGCGCGAGAUUGAACUUUCCAUUCAUUCUUGGGCCUGCCGGGCGCGCGCGGCGGCGGCGGAGCUUUCCCCGGGGGCUCUCGAGGACGCGCGCUGCCCGCCCCAACCGAAAGGCGCGUCCCCGCGCGGACUGUGGGCGCGCACGGUCGCUGCCGCCGGCUCUUCGAGUGGAGGUUGCGAGCGUCGGGGCCUGUCACUCGGGUCCCGCUGCGCGCUGCACGGGCUCCUGGAGGACCCUCAGCCGGCGGUCUCUGGGCUGCGCCUGGAGGGAGGCAGCAGCGAAACUGUAAGAAGACCUUGGAAUGGCCCACUUACCUGGAAUCACUGCUUCAAAUGUCGAGCCUGGAGAUUGGGAACAGAGACAAGUGGUAGCCUCCAGCCAUGCUUUUAGAAGACAGUUUCAAGUCAGGUGCCUGUGGGAGGUGAGGUGGAGGGUGUGAACAUCCCGGGGCUGGUGGUGUUUGCCAUCAUCUUUGGUGUGGCCCUGCAGAAGCUGGGCCCUGAGAGAGCGCUGCUCAUCUGCUUCUUCAGCUCCUUCAGUGAUGCACCCUGGUGCUGGUCUCCUGGAUCAUGUGGAUGCAUCCUGGAUCAGAAGGUCAGAAAUCAGAAGGCUAGUGACUUCCUGGAGGUCCAGUGAUUGAGACUCCGAGCUGCCAAUGCAGGAGGUGUGGGUUCGAUCCCUAGUUGGGAAACAAGGAUUCCCACAUGCCAUGUGGCACAGCCAAAAAGAAAAAGAAAUCCGGAGACUCGGAGCAAAAUGAUGCCAGUCAGCUGAGCCAAGUGUGUACAUUCCUCACUCAACCCCAGACAGCUUAAUAAUGGUUCAUUAAGCAGCUAAUUAGACUUGCAGUACUUUCAUCCAGGCUCACAGACCCCGCCCAGUCGACACACCUUUGCCGUGCUCCUUUCUCUUGGUGCUUCUCACUUGGUUUUGCUGUUUAGAAGUAGCCCAAGAGGGAUUUUUAUAUUCUAGGAAAAACAAGCAAACAACUGUUAUAUUUUAAGCAUUCUGUUGGUGCAGUGAUUUUUGGUUUGUUUUGUUGACUAUGCAGCAAAAGAGGUGCACUAGGGAACUCAGUGAUUCCAUGACCUAAAUCUAAAAGAAGAGACUGAAAAUAGUUGGGCAGGUGCCAAAAAGCUACACAGGCAGCACGUGUGCAGGACCAUAACUAGCGUGGUUCUUUCAUGAAGAACAUCUUGCUCUCAUGACCUGAAGGAAAUCCCAAAGACAGAUUCAGACUCCACUUAUUUGAUUGAGAUGAUUCGGUAUUGCUUGUGGAGAAUCCUUGCACUUAGAAUUUUGUCCUGGUCCUGCCUUGGCAAAGUGCCAGUUUGUGAACCUCCAGGGUCUGCAAACUGGUCACUUAAAUUGAGAUUUUGUUCUUGUUUUGAGAAUUGUCAUAAUUGAAUUUAUUAUUUUCUAAAUAUAGUGUUUUAUGUAUUUCAAGCAAACAUUUUAUUUAUUUACCAAUUAUCUUUUUUCAUCAAUCAUAAAGAAAAAAAAAAUGAAAUGGACCUCAGAACCUGUGGGCAGGAUUGCCGUUCAUAAGUGCUGACAUCUAGUGGUUACACUUUAAUAAAA